UGUUUGAUGAAAUGCCUGUGAGAGAUGUGGUCAGUUGGAACACGAUGAUUUCAGGUUAUUCUUCUCAUGGGUUUGGUGAUCAAGCUUUUCAAAUUUUCCUUGAGAAUGCAAAAUAUUGGCACGAGGCCAAGUGUAUUCACUUACACUAUCAUGGUGUCACUUGUGUCAAGUCCCUGUCAGGGACAUCAAGAACUGGCAUUAGAGCAGUUCCAUCGUAUGAGAAGCAAAGAGUUGUCCCCUGACGAGUUUACGUCUUCAAUACUGAUUAGUGUGUGUUCUAACCUGCAAGAUUUAGAACAGGAUUGGAGGAUUCCGUACAGCUUUUUAGAGAACAAUAUCAAUGGGACCCAGCUCUAUGCAGUUCCAUGAUUUCAAGCUAUGCUAGACAUGGUUUAGGAGAAGAGGCAUUAGGACUUUUUGUGCUGACCUUGAGGAAGGAUCUUCGGCCUACUGAAUACAUGGUUAGUUGUCUUCUGAGUUGUCUUUCCAGUAUGUUACAAGUAGAACUGGGCAAUCAAAUCCAUUCUUUGGUUCUGAAACUAGGUUUUGAGUCAGAUGCAAUAGUUUCCAAUUCACUUGUUGAAAUGUAUGCAAAAUUGGGAUUUAUUUAUGAUGCCUUGGAUAUCUUCAAUGAAAUAAGAAGAAGAGAUUUGAUAUCCUGGAACACCAUAUUGAUGGGUCUAACCUACAAUGGUAAAGUGUCUUUGGCUAUGGAC